AUGGGUAUGGGUCCCAUACCGUUCUCCGCUCGUGAAGUUAGCUGGGCCUGUUCCGACUCUUCCCAGAUCCACGUGGUUCUCGGGGACAGUCCUGUGGUUUUCGGUAGCGAGUACCUCCGCAAACAGGACUCUAAGCUUUCUGAUUCGGUAUUCCAACAAUGGUGUGAUGAUGACGGAGACGAGGGCGAUGAGGGUCUAAUCUUAGCCGGCGAAGACGACGUCGGUAUUGAUGUCUAUCGACAAGUCACUAAUUUCGAAGAUAUCGAUGUGAAUGAUGAUGGUGAUAUUGUUGUCGAUGGGACACCUAGUAGUAGUGGCAUUUUCGAUGGUGAGGAAUUUGUGGCUCUGU